AUGGACGUGUGUCUGAGCUCCGAGCAGCAGCCCGGGCGCCUGGGCAAAGGACCGAGCACCCCAGACGGCUGGUUAGAGGCGGAGGAGGAGGGGGAUCUCCACAAAGAUGGCACCAGCAGACCUCCAGGAGAUUCUAACAAGAUAGAACCAUCUCUUCAGAGUCUCCAGAAAUUUAUUCCUACAGAUUAUGCCAGCUACACUCAGGAGCACUAUCUGUUUGCAGGCAAGAAGAUUGUCAUUCAAGAGUCGAUAGAGAGUUACGGAACGGUGGUGUGGCCAGGGGCUAUGGCUCUGUGUCAGUAUUUGGAGGAACAUGCAGAGGAACUGAAUCUCCAAGAUGCUAAGAUUCUUGAAAUUGGUGCUGGACCAGGCCUUGUUUCCAUUGUGGCCAGUGUUUUAGGGGGUCAAGUCACAGCAACGGAUUUGCCUGAUGUCCUAGGAAACCUUCAAUACAAUCUUUUAAAGAACACACUAAAAUGUACAGCACAUCUGCCUGAAGUGAAAGAACUGGUGUGGGGAGAAGACCUGGAACAAAACUUCCCCAAGUCAACUUUCUAUUACGAUUACGUUCUGGCCUCGGAUGUGGUCUACCACCAUUACUUCUUGGACAAGCUGCUCGCCACCAUGGUGUACCUCUGUCAGCCAGGGACGGUGUUGCUUUGGGCAAACAAGUUCAGAUUCAGCACUGAUUACGAGUUUUUAGAUAAAUUCAAGCAAGUUUUUGAUACAACACUCUUGGCUGAAUUUCCAGAGUCAUCCGUGAAACUUUUCAAAGCAGUACUAAGAUGGGACUAAAUGAAACAA